UGGCACAGCAACGGCUGAAGGUGAUUAUACCGCAAAUUACAAUGUUAUGUUCAGUUUUACAAGUCCCAGCCGAGAAAAGGAAAUGAGUAUUUCAAUAAUAGAUUCCAACGAUGUCGAAGGAGAAGAAACGUUUAAUGUCACCUGCUACACAAAUGACGUACGAGUACGAAUCGGUAGCUCUUGUCAGAAUGCCGUGGUUACUAUUCAAGAUGACGACACCAAGGUAGUCUUCUGUCCGGAUGUUCAAUCAAAACAAAUAAGGGAGAACAAUGGUCCUCUUUCAGUCAAUAUUUGUCGUGAGGGUGACCUGUCUUACCCGCUUACUGUCGUUAAGUUAUGUACGACAACAGAUGGAGGAGUCCUUCCUUCCGUUACCGAAGCCUGCGCACUUCUAAGGUUAACAUCAAAUAGCAACAGGACAACUUCUGAAAUUACUAUAAACGACGAUGAUGUUGGAGAGCAAGAAUUCAAAUCAUUUUCAUUUUACUUGGAAAAAAAAGAUGAUGAUCCUUCAGCCGAUUCCGUCACAGUUGACGGCAUAACCCGUCCUAAAGUAACUAUUCAGGAUGACGAUAAUACCUUUAGUCUGAUGAACGUCAGUAACAAUAUUAUACAAAAAACUGAAGGUAUUGGAGGAGCUGAUGUUAAUGUCACUAUAAUCAGAGAAGGGGAAAUUUCAGCUCCUUCCAAUGUCAGAUUAGAACUCAUAUUUACUACUGCAGAGAGUGCAGAUUGCACUGGAAUAAGCCCCCGUGUUAUCCAAUUUAAUGCAGGCGUAACAAGUAAAACUAUAACAGCCUGUACAGUGGUAGAUGACAAACUAAUAGAAGGCGACGAGACCUUCAAGGUUAAUAUAUCAGGAGUGUCUCCAAGCAAUGUUGAUAUUCGGUAUUCUGAAAGACUUGUCAAACUGAUAAGUGAUGAUGUAUAUGUUACAUGCCAAGGAGGGGGAAGGUUGAAAGAAGCCAAUGGUCCUGCUACAGUGAGACUGGACAGAACUGGAGCAACCGCAAUCACUGCUAAUGAUAUAUUGUGCAGCACUGCCGACGGUACGGCUUUAAGCCCGAGCGACUACACAUCUCAAGCUUUGGCCACAGAAAACGUAGGUUCCUACAAAGUACGACUUUGUCGUGUUGGUGUGCUUGAAGACACCCACACUGUGCGACUAUGCAGAACUUCCGAUUCAGUCUAUCUGCCGCAUGAUUAUCCAUCAGUAGAAGAACAGUGUGAUAAUAUAGUGUUUACAGCCUACGACACGGUAAAAGAACUCGUCAUUCCUGUGACUAACGACACUUGGGGCGAACAAGAGUACAAAACAUUCAACGUUUCCAUAAACACUAACGAUUCUCGCGUCACCUUCAACGAUACGACAAGUUACGUUGUUACCAUACACGAUGAUGACAAUACCUUUUAUCUGACGAGCGUCACGGAAAUGCAGAUGACUGAAGGAAUUGGGCCAGGCAUUGUUACUCUCACUAUAAACAGAGAUGGUAGAACUUCAGUGGCUUCCAAUGUCAGUCUGGACCUCAUAUUCACCUCUACUGCAAAGAGUGCAGAUUGCACUGGAAUAAGCCACCGUGUAAUCCAAUUUGCAGCAAAUGAAGACAGCAAAACAAUAACAGCCUGUACAGUGGUGGAUGACAGACUAAUAGAAGACGACGAGACUUUCAAUGUAACGAUAUCAGGGAUGUCUCCAAGCAAUGUUAGGGCUGGGAAAUCUGAAAGAACUGUCAAACUGAUAAGUGAUGAUGUAAAUGUUACGUGCCAAGGAGGGGGAAGGUUGAAAGAAGCCAAUGGUCCUGCUACAGUGAGACUGGACAGAACUGGUGCAACCGCAGUCACUGCUAAUAAUAUCUCGUGCAGCACUGCCGACGGUACGGCUUUAAGCCCGAGCGACUACACAUCUCAAGCUUUGGCCACAGAAAACGUAGGUUCCUACAAAGUACGACUUUGUCGUGUUGGUGUGCUUGAAGACACCCACACUGUGCGACUAUGCAGAAGUUCCGAUUCAGGUUCUCCGCCGCAUGAUUAUCCAUCAGUACAAGCACAUUGUGAUAGUAUAGUGUUUACAGCUUACGACACGGUGAAAGAACUCGUCAUUCCUGUGACUAACGACACUUGGGGCGAACAAGAGUACAAAACAUUCAACGUUUCCAUGAACCCUUCCGAUUCUCGAGUCACCUUCAAUGAUACGACAAGUUACACUGUCACCAUACACGAUGACGAUAAUACAUUUUGCUUCACGAGAAYGUCGGCUACAGUCUACGAAGAACACGAUAAAUUUGUCAACUUGACGAUCAGAAGAACGGGAGCAAUCACUGUGUCAAACGCGUCUGUCAUCAUUAACACUUCGCCACAAACUGCCAUUACUCCAGAGGACUACACAGAACCGAUUCUUAACCAAAGUUUGAUUUACUUUACUGGGGAGAUUGAAAAAAAUAUCUCAGUAAAUAUAGUCAACGAUAAACUUGUAGAAGAUGAUCAGACGUUCCAGCUUUCAUUGACUGGUGUUGAUGGAAGUACCACGUUCUCAGACUGUAAGAUUUCUAAUGUAACUAUUAUCAGCAAUGACGUGAACAUAUUCUGCAGAGAUCGGAGAGGACAUCAAAGGUUUUACGAGAACAGACAAGGUCCUGUACUCAUGGAGUUCACGCGAGAAGGAUCUCUGCAAUACAACCACACAAUGAGAAUUCGUACGCUUAAUGGCACCGCUCAAUCUGGUAAAGACUACAUUGCUAUUGAUAAAAUCUUAACAUUUGCACCCAACCAGUCCAGCAUAAAAGAAAGUGUGGUGUUGGUGAAUGAUAACGUCCUGGAACCUGACGAGACGUUUAGCUUGUCUGUGUCGUCAUCAGAUGACAGGGUACAUAUGAUAUGUCCUGGUACCGACUUUACUAUUAUCAAUGAUGACACUUUCAUCAGAUGUACUAACCAGAGCAUUGUGGUCAGCGAGGGUAACAAAACCGUCUAUUUUACUUUGAAAAGAGAAGGUGUCUUGAACAUAACUUCUCCUAUCUGGUUUAGUACAAAAGACGGCACAGCAUUUGAUAAAUCAGACUACAAGCCACAAAACCAAGUCAACAGAACCUUCCCUCCAGGUCAAGUGUACAUGACGUUAAGUGUCGAUCUGGUUGACGACGAGUACAAAGAAAACAAUGAAAAUUUCUCAGUCAUCAUUGAAUCUUAUGUCCCCACGACGUUUACGUCAGGAGACAAAUGUGAACUUAUUACCAUCCAGGAUGAUGAACCAAAUCUUACCGAGCGCAUGACAAAGCAACAAGCAGAAGCACUCCUCGUAAGACAGCGCAAUCUCGAAAUAAUUAUUGGAGUGGGCCUAGCAGUUAUGGCCUUGGUUGUUCUGAUAAUCAUCUUCAUAUUUUUCUUUUUCUUAUGCCUACGUAAGAAAUGAUCAAGUAGUUAAGAAACAAUGAAAAGUGGAGUCUAUUGACUCACUGUAUUCAUGCACAUCACCACACGUUCUCGGUAUAUUAAUCAGGGAAUCGAAGACACCAUGAAACAACCAAUCACUACCCACUAUAUUGAUUAUGGCACAUCACGACACUCUCACGAUACCUUCAAGGAAAUGAAGUCAUCAUAUAAACAACCAAUCACUACCCAUUAUAUUGUUUAUGGCACAUCACGACAC